UCCUUCAGAUAUUAUGAAUACAAAAAUGUAAUAGUUGAAAUUUCACCGUUUCAAGAUCUGUGAGUGAGUUGUAUGUUAAGCGAUCGCCUAUGGAUUGACUAUCGUCAACCAAAAUAUGUCACCAGACGAUGAACCCCACGUGAUAUGUUUCAAACAUUGCAGAAACCAUAUUUUCGUGCUAAAGGUUCCCGUUCAAUGUCCGCUGUGUAACCACCCGCUCGAGCAGUGCAAAAACUUGUUACCAUUUGGCUUACCAUAUCCUUUCGUGGUUGCGAACCAGUCACCAUGUUCGGUCGUGCUCCGGCCAUCCGUGGGAGAUUUUCUCAGCGAUUUUCACAACAAUGUCGACUUGCAUAUUGCGGUUACCGAUUCGCAGGGUGCUAUCGUUGAGUUCGACAGUCCCGGACUGUUGCGAACGGCCAACCGAAGCGUGGACCGGAAGCUGUGGGGACAAAGUUUGGUGAUUGUAACCGUUCCGGAUGCGUGGUUCCACCAUUGGGAUACCACGAUAGUACGGGUAAUAGAGGAACAAGGCUGGAAACGGAGGAUCUACGAUAGUGAUAAGCUGAAUUGCUACAGUUUCGUACUGGCAUUUUUGCGUUUGCUGCUGUACGAACCGAUUGCAGCGUUCGUUGAGAAUACCGAAGCUUUUUCUAGACAAUUGAUAGUGCCAAAAACUACUCAGGCGGCUAAAUAUAUAACAAUUUAUAGGAAGAUAAAACAAUUUGGGUUUCUUUCGGAACCAGAUUUAUGAUGAGUGUAUGAGUGAUGAGCGAAUUCUAGAUUAAAAUA